AUGCAAUCAUGGACUGGCAGAGGCAGCCGCUCACUCUUCUGCGCACUGAGGACACUGACUCGUCCUGCUGAACGCCAAUUCACGACAACCCCCGCCCUUCAACGAUCGAAGCGAAAUCAAAAGGCAAAAGCCAAGCCGAGCGAGGAUUCCAGCAACCAUGUCUUCAGCAAGACCUUGAAGAAAAACUCCACCGUGGCUCGACAAUCUGCGCGACGGGAUAUUGCCGCGACGCGGGAUUUUAGCCGAGUGGUGGAGACGGCCUUGCGUGAUAUCAAACACAAGCUACAGAAUACAGGCCAGCUACCGGGAACAUGGAGCCAAUUCGACCGUCAGACGAUGAAUGCGUGCCGGGUAGAUGAAGACCAGACCUCCGAGAAACAUGGCCCAGGAAGUUCUUAUUGGCGAACUAAAGUGGCACUGCAGAAGGCUUAUCUGCGAACUGGGGAAGAGGGUCUUCGAGAUGAACUAGAAUAUCUUCUUUACGCCGAUAGCAUGACUGAAACGUACUCGACUCCAAACUUGCAGAGACAGCAGGAAGUGGCCGAUUUCCGAUAUCCUGCAGAGUGGUACCCUCGCGCACGCUCGAUCCAAAGGACGAUCCAUCUCCAUGUCGGCCCAACGAAUUCCGGGAAGACCUAUCAUGCAUUGAAAAGGCUGGAGGGAUGUAAGUCCGGGUUCUAUGCAGGACCAUUGAGGUUGUUGGCGCAGGAGGUAUACCACCGCUUCAAGGAUAAGGGAAUCCCUGUCAGCUUGGUGACAGGAGACGAUGUCAAGCUCCCAGAAGAUGGGGAGACGCCCCGCAUCAUCAGCAAUACAGUGGAAAUGGUCGGCUUUGGGCGCGAGUUUGACGUGGGAGUCAUUGAUGAGAUCCAAAUGAUUGCCAAUCCCAAGCGAGGGUGGGCAUGGACUCGAGCUGUCCUCGGAGCGCAGGUUAAAGAACUGCAUCUCUGUGGUGAAACCCGCGCAGUGCCACUCAUUCGCGAAUUGUGUGCCCUCACGGGCGAUAUCCUCGAGAUUCAUCGAUAUGAGCGACUCAAUCCUCUUGAGGUCAUGCCCCAUAGCUUGAGGGGUAACAUGAACAAACUUGAGAAGGGUGACUGUGUAGUUUCAUUUUCCCGGGUUGGUAUCCAUGCCUUGAAAGCAGACAUUGAGAAAUUGACUGGGCGUCGCGUGGCUAUCGUCUACGGUAGUCUCCCAGCUGAGAUCCGGACUCAGCAGGCCAGUCUAUUCAACGACCCAAAUAAUGACUAUGAUUUUCUUGUUGCGAGUGAUGCGAUUGGUAUGGGAUUGAACUUGAGCUGCAAGCGUAUCAUCUUCGAGACCUUGAUCAAACGUACACCACAAGGCCUGCAACGCCUCACCGUGCCUGAGAUUAAGCAAAUCGGCGGCCGCGCUGGUCGUUAUCGCCCAGCUAAUGCCCAGAACAACCUAGAAGAUUUAUCCGAGCCUAAUGUUGGCCUCGUCACCUGCAUUGAAGAAGUCGACCUUCCAUACAUCCAACAGGCGAUGAACACAGAACCUCCGCCGCUCCGGGCUGCGGGAAUAUGGCCGCCUGACCAUGCCUUUCACAAGCUUGCUGCCUAUUUCCCAAGAAGUGUACCUUUCGAGUACCUCAUCAAGCGGCUGUUGGAACUUGCCCAAGUCAACCCACUAUUCUUCAUGUGCGAAGCAGAUGGCCAGCUGGAGAACGCAGAGGUCAUUGAUACUGUGGAUGGAAUGCGGGUACUUGACCAACUCACGCUCAUGGGUUCACCCAUGGACGUCAGGGAUCAACAGACUCGUUUGGUCUGUGCGUCCUUUGUCGACUGUGUCGCCGAGAAUACUCGUGGUCGAUUGCUAGACAUUCCCACCCUUGAUCUUGAGAUUCUCGAACAGAGAGUUUCUGGAAACAAGGAGUAUAUGCAUGCGCUGGAGAGUCUACACAAAUCCAUCAUUCUCUACUCGUGGCUGAGCUUCCGGUUUGGGGGUAUCUUUACAGACCGGACUCUUGCGGCCCAUGUAAAAGAGCUAGCUGAAGAGAGGAUGAUUCGGGCAUUGACCGAAUUCUCGGCCAACAAGAAAUUGCGAAAGAAUGCUUCCCUCAGACGCCAGAUCGCGAUGCAGAAGCAGAAGCUGGAUCAGAUGCGCAUUAUCUCUGAUGCGGAUCUCAUGUCUCCUAAUGGCGAAGGGGAAGAUCCAAUGCAAGUGGACUUGUCGGCAGACGAGUCUACGGACAACAAACCAACUUCAUCUGAUGGUGACAUGUUCGACGAAAGUCCAGUGGAGGAAACCUCUGAUGAUGCCUUCAAUGACCUCCCUGAGGAUGACCUGAUUGAAGACCUGGAGAAGGACUCUUCAGGACCUGGAGCCAGCGAGUCCAAAUCCAUGUCGGCGUGA